AUGUUCCGCCGCAUAGAAGACACUCUAGAGCCGGACCCGUCUUUCCCAGCGGACCUCAGCAAACUCGGCUUCUUCAUCAACAUCUCAGGUGAUAUACGUAUGAUCAACGCGCCUGAGAAGCCCUAUGUCUACCACGCCACAAACAAUGAGCGUGUCAAUGAGAUGCGCCCCUGCCAGCGCAAAGAAGCAGAGAAGCGUCUGUCUAAUCUUGGCCUCAAACGCAUCCACCUUCCCAAUCUCGCCAUGACCAAGCCCAACGGUCCGCAUGUACCUAUUCUUGCUCCGCCACCCGAGAUUCUCAAGACGCGUAAGCGUGUCAUCGUGCUAGUCAACGACACUAUGCAAGACCUGGGCAUCCUCGCGUAUCGGCAACUACAGCGAGAACUUGGCAUCAAUGGCGGCUCGGUGGUGAACUUCGUCAAGGAGAUUAUCAAGCGCUCGGCUACUGACAACGACGCUGAAAACGGUGCAAACAUCUUCAAGGAUGGCUAUGUGCUCGAAGAUGAGACUACUACUCCUGCUUUGAUCGUCUUGAAUACUGGUCAGCUGCUUUAUUCGCACAAGUACGAUCAGGCCAUGACUCUACGCAGUUGGUCUGCUAUGCCACGCAAGUCAAUCGCUCACGAUAUGGUUCGCAUUCACGACGAGGAAAAUCGUGUUCAAGGUCACGGAAAUGCAAAGGAGCAUGUCAAGACUGUCUUCGAUCAAGUCAUCUGCAAUCCUGACCAUGUAGCGGCCGACGCAGAAGUCUAUGUCAUCGCCAUCGAGGAUGGAACUGAGAGUGUCAUAAAUCUGCUCACUGACGACUGUAAGUACGAGAAGCUCAUUCUUUAUAAGUUGUUGCCCAAAAACGACCUUCUUCUCAAUGCCAUUCUGACCACAUCUGAGGAAUUGAAGCUAACAGCUGUUCUAGUCGACAAGUACGGUAACCGUAUUACCGCCAUGGCACUAAUCCAUUCCCUGAUCGACGACUCACAAAUCAAAGAUCCACACAUCCGUGCCUUUCUACAUCAACGCACCCGCCAGUGGAGGUUCAGCAACCUCACAUCGAACCCCCAGCACUGUACAGAUCUGCCCACCUUCUACAACCAACAAACCGACCAGAGCCCCAUAUCUACCGACACACCAUCCGUGAUGCAAACAAACAAGCACAUAUCCUGGCACGAAUCCAUCCCCGCAGGCCCAGUCUCAACCCUAACAAAGGCCCUCCAUCGACUCGCCCUCAGCAUCACCCCUUCCACCAGCGGCACUACCCCAUCCCCAGUGUCCACCACAGAGGAAGAAACUGCGGAAUGGUCCUCAGGCCAAGCAGUCAUCUGUCCCACCUUUGCGGGCGGCGAAAACCCAGUCGGCGAAUGCAUCUUCACGGACCCCCUAGUCCAACUCGCCAUCCUCUCCUUCUUCCAAGACGUCGCGCAAGACCCACCCAACUACCACAACCCACGCACCCUCAAAAUCUACACUGAAGCUCCUCAACCCAGUCCCGAUAAUCCCUUGGCGCUAUCCCCCAAUAUCGACGGCGACGACGACAAUGACGGCACAGGAAUAAACUUCCAGACCCUGUCCCCGCAAACGACACCCGAACAGGUCGAGCUAGAAGAAGCGCUUGAGCGACUCACUGAGCUACGAGUAGCGUUUACUGCGUGUCCAGACGACAUCCCCGAGCUAGGCAAAGGCCGCGCAAAACUGGAAAAGAAGAUUACGGUUAUGGAGACUCGGAUUGACAAUCUGAAGACCAUGGCGCUGGGUCAUGGUGGUUUGGUCGCGGGGGAUGUUGGGGAUGAGAAGCGCGGGAAUUGGAAGAUGCAGGUUCAAGGGCCGAAGGUGCCGUUUGCGGGGACUAUGGUGGAUAGUGAGUUGUUGAAGGCGGCGGGGUUGAUGGAGAGUGCGGAGGAGGGGUUGGGCAUGAGUGCUGGCCAUGGUACUGCUAGUGAGACUGGUACUGCCCAAGAUCAGCGUGGUGGAGACGGAGAUGGAGACGAAAAGAAGGCUUUUGUCUAA